AUGGUGGGAGAUCGAAGUCGAAGUUUCGCGCGAAACAAGAAAUCGAACCAGAUUAAAGCUAUAAGCAAGCAACAACGGGGAAGCAAGAAGCGAAAAGAUAUCAACAGAGCCGUAGAGCAAUGUUCAUCAAAAGCGAGCAGUGGCUUCGUGAAGAAAAACGAAGGACAGCUGAAAGCGAAGCGGCGCGUUGAAGAUGAACUUGAGACGUCGGGGGAGAAGGCGGCUUCUAUUGAGUUGGAAAGAGAAACGAGUUUGAGGGCAACUCCGGAAUGGGUCCGCGGAGUGUGGAGCUGGAGCGAGGGGAGAGGGGAGGAGGGAGGAGUGCAAAAUGAAGGGAAAACAAAACGACAAGAGGAAAAGAUUUCGGAAGGGAAAUCUGAGCGGGCGAGCGAGGAUAUACGGGGGUUUAAUGAGAUGUUGUGUGGGAGAGUGUCGCGCCGAUGGGUCUGGGUAGCAAGUAAGGCAAAGGAAGAACAAGGCAAAGCACGCGCCAACCUGAAAAAGCGAACGACGGCGUCGCGAGGGCGGGAGAGCAGCCACAUACCACGCACGGUGCUUUUGGGGAGGAGCCAGGUGGGAUGGAGGGUGGAGGGCUUGCUCGUCAGCAACGGGAGUAGCGGAGUCAAUGUCAGAGCAUGA